UUAAACCCCAGCACCCUCUCCAACAGGCUCCAGAGGAUUACCUAGCUUCCCAGGAGCCCCCUUGAUAUUUAUUUUCCUAUCCCAGCAUCACACAGCACUCCAGGCAGCCAUGAGUACAGCAACAGAGGGGAAUCAGCAGGUUACCCGGGUCGUGCGGAAGAUUAAGUGCGCGGCGAUGGUCAAUAGCCUGGCUAAGAGCUGGCAGGGCUGGGCUAGCGACCACACUAGCAAGCAGGACACCAUCCCCGCGGGCUGGAUGCCCGACUCCAUCAUCGAGGACGUGGAGAACAAGGAGCAAGCAAUGAGCGAGGUCAAGCAGCUUGUCAACACCCGAGUGGUGACGGUGGACGCCAGUGAGGACCUGGGAGAGGGCAUCAUCCGGGCGGCCAUGUUGACCAAGAAGAGCGUGGCGCAGCCACGGCCCAGCGAGUGCGGCAGCGACUGGGUGAGCACCAUGAAGGAGAAGAUCAACACCAACCAGAUGGCGCCAUCCACGGACGUGAAGACCUUCCUGGGAAACGAGUCGCCCACCAGAAGACGCUACUGCGGGUUCAAGGCGGCGACGACGAAAACCCCCAGCGGCCAGGCGGGCAGGGGGGAGCGGAAGCUGAGCUCACGCAGCAGCAGCCUUGAGACAGAGGACAGCGGCCUCGGGGAGGACACGGCCCUCAGUGACCAUAGCGACCAGAACGAGGCUGAACAGAAGAAACCCGUCGCCAGACCUAAGAUUAAGGUGACUACUAUGUCGGACAUCAAGAACAGGUGGCAGAAGUGGUCUCAGAGCCACGUUGAGAACCAGAAGCUGAACCCCUUCAGUGAGGAGUUCGACUACGAGCACGCCAUGUCCACUCGUCUGCAGAAGGGCGACGCGGGCUACGGCCGGCCCAAGGAGGGCUCCAAGACAGCUGAGCGUGGCGACCGUGCCCACAAGCACAUCCACAAAGAGAUGGACGAGAUGUGCUUCAUCAUCCGCGACUUGGGCAUGACGGACAAGAACGGCCGCACCUACGUCACCUUCGGCCGGCUGUUCGACCGCUAUGUCAAGAUUUCGGACAAGGUAGUGGGCAUCCUGCUGCGCUGCCGCAAGCACAACAUGUUGGACUUCGAGGGGGAGAUGCUUUGGAAGGGCCAGGACGACCACGUCAUCAUCACCCUCAGGGACUGAGCGUGGCCCUGGACUGAACUGAACUGAACUGGACGCCUGAACUGACCCACUGACUAACUCCAAAGAGCUCUGACUGGUCCGCUGCCCAUUUACACAGCCUGCCGGGCAGCUGGCCAGCUUGGCACGGCCAUAUAACAGGGUAGCUACAUAGCCACCACGCUAUGCUAGCCACAGUAAUCUUCCAUGCUGAUCACCUGCUUUUUCUACUGUUAGCAAUACUGUACUGUAUUGAAGAAAUAGGCUAAAUGCACAACUCAUAACUUUCAUUGUGUAGUCAUUACAAUAGGAACGUAGAUUUUUUUUUGUCAUAGUAUGUGAAAUAGAGCGUACUUUUAUUGAAAAUCAUUUGGUCAGUUUUGGUUUGCCGUUUGUGUCUAACUGGUAGGUUAUGUGUUACAUGGCCCCACAUUCUGUUUUCAUAGUCAUCACUCUUCAAGACAACUGAUAACACCUUUGUUUAUAGUAACCUCUUACGGAUAACAUCUUUGGAUUACAGUCACCUCUUACAGUAAUGUGAAGAUUUCUUUCAAAAUGAAAGCAUGCAAACCUUCUUACAGAAGAACAUUUUAUAUUUAUUAGAAAGAUUGUAUUUAUAUGUCAGUGUUUUGUGUUUAUUCUUCUUUAACAAAUGGUGGAUGUCAUUUCCUCUAACAGCUCAAUGCUACACUCAAAGCUUUGGUUUGUGACUGGAAAUAAAGUCUCCUUGCCAAAGA